AGACGCCUCGCUUUCUCAAGCGGCUGAAAGACGCAAACGAAGUCCAGACGACGCGGCUGUCCAGCAGGACUCAAAGGCUCAGCAGUGAUGUCACUUCCUCAGGAAGCAGAACAUGUAAAGUCAUGCAGCAACCCUGGAAACCCGGUGUUCUCCUGCAUCAUCAGCUCGAAGGUGAAGGAAGGGUCCCUGGGGAAGAUCCAUCCCCAGAGCGUCCUGUACAGAACCACGUCAGGCGACUACGGCCGGCUUCCUCCCAGCUUUGAGAGCACCCCCUGCAGCUACCACCCCAAGACCCAGGGCUUCACCCGCCGGAUGCGGCUGGGAGGAAUGUUUCACGGCUGCUCCAUGAACACGGCACUCGAUAAAACCCGGACCUGUCUGCCAAACACCAUCUGAGCAUGCUCAGAUGACCAGCCUUCAGGCCACAGCGGCAGCUCCUCUUCCUCACUGACAAUAACUUCAGAUAGUAGCGACUGCUUUGUUGGUGUGACAACAUUUGAUAUGUAAUUCCUGAGUUAGAUAUGUAUUAUAUCAUUAAAGUGAAACCAGCUUGGCUCUGACUCAUUGGAGGAUUUCAUUCUGCAGAUUAACAGAAAAGUCCAUGGAAAACAGAAUUCCAGGUGGGAAAAUUUAAAUCCAACGUGGCUGCAUGUUUAUGAAACACCCUGAAAAAUAAACAACAAAAACAUAUGUCCAAUAAGACUUGGAAGAAAUGUGACUUUCAUCAUAUUUGUAUCUGACGCCUUGAAGGAUCCAGAAUGAUCCUGAGGAAGAAGCUGCAUCAGCAGCCAUGUUGCUCAUAAAUCCUGCAGGAUUUCUGGCACUUUGUGUUGCAAAUGUCUGAUUUUAAAAUCUGACAAAAGGUCUCACUUUUAACAUCUAUUUACUUGUACUGUUAAUCAGAGAAUCUUUUCUUUUCUUGCAAAUUUUACAAC